AUAUUAUAUUAUAGUUGUCCGCAGAACGUCGUCGCGCUUGUAACCGCUUCGCGUGUGAUGACAUAAUAUUUUGCGAGUCCGAUCAAACCAUAAUUAUUAUAUAGGCUCUGUAUAAAACCGAAUCGUCGUGUUUUUCUGAAACAGUAAUUUAAAUUAUAUUUUUUAUUUCAAAUUUGUUUUUAUACAUUUUUACUUGUUCGAAUAUCUACCGCGUGGAAAUUCGUGCGAGAAAAGCGCAUUAUGUUUUAACAAAACAUAUUUUUACCGUCAUAAAAAUAUUGCCUUGCCUAAACAUCAAUAUUCUUCAUAUUUUAACAAGUGUCGUCCGAUAUGGUGUUAACAACGUACAGUACGGCCACUGCACUUCUUGCGUGGGCGUUAUGUUUUUCGAUCACGCAGUGUGCCGAAAACCACCAGAAAAUCGGCCCUUGUACGUUUAUUGUCCAUCCGGUGUGUCCCGACGCUUCGAUCAAUUUUUACUUAUACACCAGAGAGAAUCAAUACGAUGCUCAAUUGGUCACGGUAGAAAAUAUUACCGAGUCAUACUACGUCAAGUCUCUUCCAAAUAAGUUCAUCUUACAUGGUUUCAACAGUAAUAUGAUGCUAAACGUACUUCAAAGCAUAAAAGAUGAAUACCUAAUGCAGGCAGACGUCAACGUCUGGAUGAUCGAUUACCGUGACGUCUCGGCCGGGCCGCGUGAGUGUUAUUUGGCUGCGGUGUUCAACCUGCCGGCGGUGGGGAAGUGCACUGCUCUGUUCGUGCGUAAAAUCAUUGAGCUGUCCGAGGUGGAUGUGCCCGAAGAGGCGAUGCACGUGAUCGGAUUCAGCCUAGGUGGCCAGUUGGCAAGUCAGAUAUCCAAAAAUCUUAAGCCCAUCAAGUUGCCGAGGAUCACGGGACUGGAUCCGGCUCUGCCGUUGUUCUACAGCUCGCACCUUAACAGAAGGCUGAGUCGCAACGACGCCGAUUUCGUGGACGUGAUACACACGAACGCGUUGAUCCAGGGCCAGUUGGUGCCAUGCGGUGACGUAGACUUUUAUGUCAACGGCGGAUUAGCGCAACCGGCCUGCCACAACAGUUCAAAUCCGAUCGGUUGUGAUCACCACAUGGCUCCGACUUACUUCACCGAGAGCAUCAGAUCGGUGACGGGUUUCUGGUCUUGGCCGUGUCCGAGUGUGUUCGAAUACUUCUCUGGCAAGUGUCCACGGCAAGGCGACCACGAGCUGAUGGGAGAGUGCGUGAACCGCAGUGCCAGAGGUCAAUACGUAUUGCACACCAACAGUGAACCACCUUAUGCGCAAGGUGACUGGACGCGGUGAACACCAGGAACAUUGAAGGAGAGUCGUGUCCUGCCACGCUGUUAUUAUAACGUUCGAAUAAACCAUGCAACUCGCACGCCACUGAAACACGAAAAUAAUCAUUAUGCCGUUGCGUUUUCGAUGAAUAUUUUAUCAACUAUUGUUUUAUUUUUUUAAUUUUAAUAUUAUAUGUAGUCCGAGUUAAGAACGAACACAAUACGAUAAUAAUAUAAUAUUAUAUUAUGAUACAAUGCCGUUGGGUUUCGAUUUGUAGAACAUGACAAUAAUAUUAUAUUAUAAUAGUAGUGUAUCUAGAAAUACA